CCAAGCGUCGAUAAAUCUGCAAGUGACCACGAUAGCCCAUUUUGCUGGCCUCGAGUCCCAGGGCGAACCAAAAAAACCGCCCAUUGGCACUCUUCUUCGAUUCGGCGGAAAAGUUCGUCUACGCGUGUCGUUUGCGCUCGGCAGCUGAUCGUCCUGCUGUCGAACGAGCGACACAGGCUGGGCUUCCAUCCCUGUUCUGUACCACUGUCUGGCCGUCAUCUCUCCCACCUUACACGCGACCUCGACAACCCAAAACUUCCACACCCCACAACGAAGUCCUGAACUGGGCGCAACACCUCCCUUUUCUGGGCGCUUCUCUCCUCCUCCGAGCCAUUCGCUUCGCAUCACGCGUCCGUGAACCCGCCCUCCCCUAAUGGCCUCGACAUCGGGCUUGACCCGGCGGCGCGGCGGAGCGCAGACGUCCACGGGCGACGACAGCGGUGAAGGCAGCAGAGUCAGCUCGCCGGCGCCUAGGAGAACAGACGACUACCGGGCCCCUGAAACAUCGUACGAAAACAGCGAGAAUGGGCAUAAAAUUGCGUUCGACCCGCGGGACAUCAGCGAAAGCGCCGAGAGGAGCAAACAACCCAAGCUGACGCUUAUGGAGGAGGUUCUCCUCAUGGGUCUCAAAGAUAAACAGGGAUACCUAUCUUUCUGGAACGACAACAUCUCAUACGCGCUGCGCGGAUGCAUAGUCCUCGAACUGGCGUUUAGGGGGAGGAUCAGCAUGCAAAAGGAUGCCUCAAGACGACGAUUUCCGCUCCAAGACCGCAUCAUCGAGGUUAUCGAUGAUACCCUGACAGGAGAGGUUCUUCUAGAUGAAGCCCUGAAGAUGAUGAAGACAAGCGAGAAGAUGAGUGUCGCAUCCUGGAUUGAUCUUAUGAGCGGCGAAACUUGGAAUCUCAUGAAGAUCGGCUAUCAACUCAAGCAAGUGCGUGAACGUCUUGCGAAGGGCCUUGUAGACAAGGGCAUUCUGCGUACUGAAAAGCGCAACUUCCUCCUGUUCGACAUGGCGACUCACCCAGUUGCCGACGGAGGGGCGAAAGAGGAGAUCAGGCGUCGAGUACGCAACGUACUGACGCAACGCACCGUUGUGCUCAACGCUUCGCAAUUCCUCCCCGAGGAGAUGGAGUUUCGGUAUCUGCGCACCAUCAGCAUGGUGUGCGCUGCGUACGCUGCAAACGUGCUUGAGAAUGCCCUGAGUACCUUGGGACAUGAGGCAAGAGAGCGCGCAUUUGCACAGGUCGAUGAGCUGCUGGCAGAGUACAGCCAAUGGCCCUUUGCGAGACGGCAAGGUGGCCAGCAGGGAGUGGGCGCGAACUUGAGCCAGGAGGUCAGUAACGAGGUAAAUCGGAACAAAGAUAAAGAGCUACAGCUGGAGAUUGUCGCAGCUUGCCUGAGCGUUUUCACGCGGCUCGAUUCGCUUCUAUGAACAGCUUAUUGAAACUCGACAUCUACACUCCUCUCACUUCCACUACGGCACAAUCCCUAGCGUUCGUGCGCAUCAUGGGUACCACUAGCUAGCUCGAAGGUUAAAGAAAACCUAUAUACACCUACAUAUCCGUAUAUCCUACCUACAUGCAACAGCUUUUAAUCGUCGGGAAAAUCAAGAGCUUUGGGCGUUUGGAUGGUGCCGAAUAUUCAAACGGGGAAUAUAUGCAUUGUCAUUACUCAUCACCAACGAAGCGGCAAAGCGUUGAUACCAUAUGGAGUCAUGAUGAUUUUGACCUUAUGCGCGGCUUUCUAUCCAAGGCUGGUGAAGAAAAUUUGUGAACUUAGAAGGGUCACUAUUUCCUUUUUUUUUCCCUUGUUCUAUUCCCUCUUCCUUCAUUUUUAUCGUUUGAAGUCCAACGUGCUAGGUAUGUUUCAUUUGCGUUCCGUUUUUCAGACGUCUCUUGCCUCGCUCAGUCUUUCCGCGUUCAACUACGGGAGACUUCGAGCUGGAUGCAUACAUCAUAUGUAUGAGACAAGAAUAAACAACCCAAUCGACGAUCUUUGAGUACGAAAGCUACGGCACUUGUUUUCAGCGUGGCUCUUCGUAAUUUAUCUGUCGAUAUAGGCAACAGAACUUUGCUCUUAUUUUCUCAAUAGUCUGGACGCUUAGUCCUCGAAACUAUGAAACUCGGCAUAUCAACUUUCCCUUCGUCUUGUUACUCGCCAUUAACUCAUGCGCC